AUGAAACAUUUGCAAUUCCAUAAUCGAUAUCAUCCGGAAACCAAUAAAGAGGAUGUUGUGUUAAAAUUCUCAGCUAAUGAAAUUCAUUUGGGUAAAGUAAUCGCAAAAAGUGGUAUUGUUUAUGGUGGUACAGGGAAUGAUUUAGCAAUUGUUGGUUCCAGAGUAAUAAUUAGUGCUACAUCAACUCAAAGUCGUUUGGUAUUACAGGAUGGAAUUUGCCGGUUUGAAAAUAGCAACCAAUUUAUCGUAAAAAAUGCUGUUCGACCAUACUUCAGUGCUCAACAUCCAUUGUUUCGUAUAGACAAAAAGAUUAAGAAAAUAUCUACAGCGCAAAUUAUAACAGAUAAGAUACGUUCACCGAUCAAUGAUAAUUUAUACGUGGAUGUGACUAAUUUAGGAUUACGUGGUAAUGAGGGGAUACAUUUCGAGGCGAAACGAAUGAAUUUAACAGCUGGAAAUGAUAUUUCACUAGCAACAACGAUCGAUGGUUUAAUAAUGUUUUCGACCAAGAAACUUUACUUUGGAAAUAACCUGAAGAAAUUACCGCUCAGUUCAUCUCCUUCGUUGACUGCUUCGACAGAUGCCUUACGAGUUUGUGUUUGCGUCUCAUCAAAGCCUAAAUUAUUUACAGUAGCCGGUAAUAAGCCAUGUUUGGCACCGCAAGGAUUUUGUAGCUAA